AAACGCCAGGAAGCAAAUAGAGCACCGCCAACACAUACACUCACUAGUCUUGCGUUCCAGUUAUUACAGCACGCGGUUAUUACAGCACCCGGGCACCAUUUAUCCAGCACGUUUUGAUCUUUGUGAACGUGACGGGCAGCUGUCGGACUCGAGUAUGGAUGAGUUACAGGAUGUGCAGUUGACUGAGAUCAAACCCCUUCUGACAGACAAGAAUGGACAGAACUUCCAGGACUUUGAUUGUCAGGAGCAUGACAUUGAGACUCCUCAUGGUGUCCUUCAUGUGACUUUGAGAGGGACCCCAAAAGGAAACCGCCCAGUCAUUCUCACGUAUCAUGACAUUGGACUCAAUCAUAAGUCAUGUUUCAACACGCUCUUCAACUUUGAGGACAUGCAGGAGAUCACCCAGCACUUUGCUGUGGUCCAUGUGGAUGCUCCAGGCCAACAAGAAUCUGCUGCUCCUUUCCCCACUGGGUUCCAGUAUCCCACCAUGGAUGAACUUGCCGAGAUGCUGCCUUCAGUGAUGACCCAGCUGAAGAUCAACAGUGUGAUUGGAAUCGGUGUGGGUGCAGGAGCCUAUAUCCUCACUAGACUGGCUCUGAAUGAGCCUGCUCUGGUGGAGGGGCUGGUUCUCAUCAAUGUGGAUCCCUGUGCUAAGGGUUGGAUUGACUGGGCUGCUUCAAAGCUGUCUGGGUGGACCAGUAAUCUUGUGGACAUUGUGAUGGCACACCAUUUCAGUACGGACGAGCUGACCGAGAAUGCGGAGAUUAUUCAAACAUAUCGCCUGCACAUUGCUCAGGACAUCAACCAGGACAAUGUGGCUCUCUUCUGCCACUCUUACAACAGUCGGCAAGAUUUGGAGAUUGAGCGGCCCAUCCCUGGACUUAAUGAAAAUACAGUCAAAACACUGAAGUGUCCUGCCCUGCUAAUAGUUGGUGACACAUCGCCAGCAGUAGAGGCUGUGGUUGAAUGCAACUCUAGGCUAAACCCAACCAUGUCUACACUACUCAAGAUGGCAGAUUGUGGUGGACUUCCCCAAGUUGUCCAACCGGGUAAACUUGCAGAGGCUUUCAAGUACUUUGUCCAGGGAAUGGGCUACAUGAUGCGUUCUUCAGCGUUCCCUCAUGUUCUGCUCAGCCAUCUGAACAGCGAAUCAGUGCCCACUGCUAGUAUGACCCGGUUGGUGCGGUCUCGCACCCACUCUGCUUCCAGUAUGGGCUCAGGAGACGGCUCUCGCAGCCGGGCACAUACCAGCUCACAGAUGGAGGGAGCCACUGGCAGCUCCAUCCAGGACAACCAGACCAGACCACAAACCAUGGAGGUCUCCUGCUAAAGCAUCCAGAAUCAUGCCACCAUCUCUCCAACUGGGAUCGUUCUAAUGAAGGGAUGCAAUGUUUGACUUGUAAUCCAUGUAUUUAAAAUAUUAUUGUACUUCUCCACUGCAUGGACUUGCACUAACAUUUUGCUGUUUUUUUUUUUACCUUAAUCUUUAUUAGCUUACUAUAUUUCUCCAUUCUUUUAUAUUUGUGUUGUCCUUUGGAGAAAGAGGUUAGUUUGCAGUCUCUCUAUGCUUCUCAUGUAUAUAGUUUGCUGAAGGCUGUUGUAUACUGAACAUUAUUUCAAGGGUUUUCUCGCCUGUAGAGAGUCUUUCCCUCUCUCACUCUCAAAGGUCUUCCUCGUCAUCUAUUGUUCUUUUUGUUCUUCAUUUUCUGAACUGAUUUCUUUGUUUUGUGGGUUUCUCUAUUGUCAUUUGGCAGUUGUUAAUGAGUUCAUUUAAAUGUAUGGCUCUGCCAUUAUAGAGUUUCUAGAACAAGAGCUAUUGACUGGCAUGUUCCCAUUUAAAGUGUGGCGUAGGAAUUUACAGUAUAUUAGUUUGGUUUAUGUUUAGAGUUUUCUUGAAAAUGUUUUACAAAUCAGUUUGUUUAAUUUUGAUCAGUCUGGAGAGCUGUAUUAAGUUUUAUAUCAGAAGUCUCUUUCUAGCAAAAUGGUUGCACUUAAGUCCACUUAAAAUGCAACUCACCAUCUGUGUUAGGCAAUUACAGAUAUUAGCUACUCCAGAACAAGCAGAUAUGCCAGUAACUGUAACCAAGAUCGGUAGCUCAAAGACCAUCAUUCAGAGAACACAUAUAUACCAUAGAGAGCAAAGGGUGUCUUUCAGAUAUAACAUUCCCUCUACAAUGUGGAUAUCCUGAUAACCUCAAGUUUUAUUGUCAUUGGUCUAUAUUCUUAUUUUGCUGGGUGGCAGUUCUGUUGAUUGCUGAUUUGUAAUGCUGAUUUGAGUGAGUUUGUAAUGUGUUGUGCUUUGUCCUCCAAGCAUUUAGGGGGCGUUGUACUGCAUACUGUCUGCUGAUUAUUAUACAUAUAUUGAAAUAAAGUAGUUGU